CCCGGCCGGGCGCGCAGAGCGCUCGCAGCCCGUGCGGCGGAGAGGUCCCGGCGCAGCCCGCAGAGGCCGCUCUGAGGAGGCGGCGGAGCAGCCGAGGCGCCGCCGCGCCCCCGCCCGCGCCCUGCCGCCGCGCGCCGUGCAUGGAAACAUGGCGCUGCCGGCUCGGACCUGCGGCGCCGCCCGGCCCGGCCCGCCGGCCGCGCUCCCCCGGCCCCGCCGCGCCGCCCCGCGCCCGCUGCUGCUGCUCGUGCCCCGGCUGCUGCUGCUGCCGCUGGUCGCCGCCCCCGGCGCCGCCGCCUACAGCUUCCCCCAGCAGCACACGAUGCAGCACUGGGCCCGGCGCCUGGAGCAGGAGGUGGACGGCGUGAUGCGCAUCUUUGGGGGCGUCCAGCAGCUCCGUGAGAUCUACAAGGACAACCGGAAUCUGUUCGAAGUGCAGGAGAACGAGCCCCAGAAGCUGGUGGAGAAGGUGGCAGGGGACAUUGAGAGCCUGCUGGACAGGAAGGUGCAGGCCCUGAAGAGGUUGGCCGAUGCUGCAGAGAACUUCCAGAGGGCCCAUCGCUGGCAGGAUAACAUCAAGGAGGAAGAUGUCAUGUACUACGAUGCAAAGGCUGAUGCCGAGCUGGACGACCCUGAGAGUGAAGAUGUGGAGAGGGGGUCCAAGGCCAGUACCCUAAGGCUGGACUUCGUGGAGGACUCGAACUUCAAGAACAAGGUCAACUAUUCGUACACAGCUGUGCAGAUCCCCACAGACAUCUACAAAGGCUCCACCGUGAUCCUCAACGAGCUCAACUGGACGGAGGCCCUGGAGAGCGUGUUCGUGGAGAACCGCAGGCAGGACCCCGCGCUGCUGUGGCAGGCCUUUGGCAGUGCCACAGGGGUCACCCGCUACUAUCCCGCCACCCCGUGGCGAGCCCCCAAGAAAAUCGACCUGUACGAUGUCCGAAGGAGACCCUGGUACAUCCAGGGGGCCUCGUCGCCCAAGGACAUGGUCAUCAUCGUGGACGUGAGUGGCAGUGUGAGUGGCCUGACUCUGAAGCUGAUGAAGACGUCUGUCUGUGAGAUGCUGGACACGCUCUCUGAUGACGACUAUGUGAACGUGGCCUCGUUCAACGAAAAGGCACAGCCUGUGUCGUGCUUCACACACCUGGUGCAGGCCAAUGUGCGUAACAAGAAGGUGUUCAAGGAAGCUGUGCAGGGCAUGGUGGCCAAGGGCACCACUGGCUACAAGGCUGGCUUUGAGUACGCCUUCGACCAGCUGCAGAACUCCAACAUCACCCGUGCCAACUGCAACAAGAUGAUCAUGAUGUUUACGGACGGUGGUGAGGACCGCGUGCAGGACGUCUUUGAGAAGUACAACUGGCCCAACCGGACGGUGCGCGUGUUCACCUUCUCUGUGGGGCAGCACAACUACGAUGUCACGCCCCUCCAGUGGAUGGCCUGCGCCAACAAAGGUUACUAUUUUGAGAUCCCUUCCAUCGGCGCCAUCCGCAUCAACACGCAGGAAUACCUGGACGUCCUGGGCAGGCCCAUGGUGCUGGCGGGCAAAGAGGCCAAGCAGGUGCAAUGGACUAACGUGUACGAGGAUGCGCUGGGGCUGGGGCUGGUGGUGACAGGGACCCUCCCUGUUUUCAACCUGACGCAAGAUGGCCCUGGGGACAAGAAGAACCAGCUGAUCCUGGGCGUGAUGGGCAUCGAUGUGGCCCUGAAUGACAUCAAGAGGCUGACUCCCAACUACACGCUUGGAGCCAACGGCUACGUGUUUGCCAUCGACCUGAAUGGCUAUGUACUGCUGCACCCCAACCUCAAGCCCCAGACCACCAACUUCCGGGAGCCUGUGACUCUGGACUUCCUGGACGCAGAGCUGGAGGACGGGGACAAGGAGGAGAUCCGCAGGAGCAUGAUCGAUGGCAACAAGGGCCACAAGCAGGUCAGAACACUGGUCAGAUCGCUGGACGAGAGGUACAUAGAUGAGGUGCUGCGGAGCUACACCUGGGCGCCCAUACAGAGCACCAACUACAGCCUGGGGCUCGUGCUCCCGCCCUACAGCACCUUCUACCUCCAAGCCAACCUCAGUGACCAGAUCCUGCAGGUCAAGUUGCCAAUCAGCAAACUGAAGGAUUUUGAGUUCCUGCUCCCCAGCAGCUUUGAGUCUGAAGGACAUGUUUUCAUUGCUCCCAGAGAGUACUGCAAGGACCUGAAUGCCUCAGACAACAACACUGAGUUCCUGAAGAACUUCAUUGAGCUCAUGGAGAAAGUGACUCCGGACUCCAAGCAGUGCAACAACUUCCUUCUGCACAACCUGAUCUUGGACACGGGCAUCACACAACAGCUGGUGGAGCGUGUGUGGCAUGACCAGGAUCUCAACACGUACAGCCUGCUGGCCGUGUUUGCUGCCACCGAUGGCGGCAUCACUCGAGUGUUCCCCAACAAGGCAGCUGAGGACUGGACGGAGAACCCGGAGCCCUUCAAUGCCAGCUUCUACCGCCGCAGCCUGGAUAACCAUGGCUAUGUCUUCAAGCCCCCACACCACGAUGCCCUAUUAAGGCCACUGGAGCUGGAGAAUGACACGGUGGGCAUCCUGGUAAGCACAGCUGUGGAGCUCAGCCUGGACGGACGCACACUGAGGCCAGCAGUGGUGGGUGUUAAGCUGGACCUAGAGGCCUGGGCUGAGAAAUUCAAGGUGCUAGCCAGCAACCGUACCCACCAGGACCAGCCUCAGAAGCAGUGCGGCCCCAGCAGCCACUGUGAAAUGGACUGUGAGGUCAACAAUGAGGACCUGCUCUGUGUCCUCAUUGAUGACGGUGGAUUCCUGGUGCUGUCAAACCAGAACCAUCAGUGGGACCAGGUGGGCAGGUUCUUCAGCGAGGUGGACGCCAACCUGAUGCUGGCACUCUACAAUAACUCCUUCUACACCCGCAAGGAGUCCUACGACUAUCAGGCCGCCUGUGCCCCCCCACCCCCGGGGAACCUGGGUGCCGCGCCCCGGGGAGUCUUUGUGCCCACCAUUGCAGACUUCCUUAACCUGGCCUGGUGGACCUCGGCUGCAGCCUGGUCCUUGUUCCAGCAGCUUCUCUAUAGCCUCAUCUACCACAGCUGGUUCCAGGCAGACCCUGCGGAGGCCGAGGGGAGCCCCGAGGCGCGCGAGAGCAGCUGCGUUAUGAAACAGACCCAGUACUUCUUCGGCUCUGUGAACAACUCGUACAACGCCAUCAUCGACUGUGGCAACUGCUCCAGCCGCUGUGCAGCCAGUGCGAGGCCGGCCGGCUGCUGCAGAAGGAGACGCACUGCCCAGCGGACGGCCCGGAGCAAUGUGAGCUGGUGCAGCGGCCGCGGUACCGGAGAGGCCCACACAUAUGCUUCGACUACAACGCGACGGAAGAUACCUCAGACUGCGGCCGCGGGGCCUCCUUUCCGCCGUCGCUGGGCGUCCUGGUCUCCCUGCAGCUCCUGCUGCUCCUGGGCCUGCCUCCGCGGCCGCAGCCGCCAGUCCACGCCCACGCCUCGCGCCGCCUCUGAGCCCCCGCCCGCCCCCAGGCGUCCCCGCCUCUCCCCUGCGCCCCGCCCCACGCGCCCCGCCCUGGAGCCUCGCCCUCUCUCUGAUGGACCUGAGUGCACCAGGCCCCGAGUCGGCCUCGGAGUCGGGGGGGGUCCCGAAGGAGGGCGCCGCGGAAUUGUUGAAAGUGUCCCCGGACCCCGCCUUCCCACUGGACUCGCCCGCCCCGGAGGGCCGGGACAGGGAAGCCACAGUACUGGUGCCAAACCAGGCCUCCACUGCCCGCCCUGCCCGCAAGCGCCCUUUGUGUGGGAGACCUCCGCGCUGCCACAGCUGGACUCCUCAGCCUGGCCCUUCUGCCCCACCCAGACCAGAUCUGGAUUCCCUGGGAAUGCUGGAGGAAGUUGAGACAGGCAGUUUGGGGCCUGUGCAUCCAGCUUAGGUCUCCGCAGGAGAGAGGUCCUGAGGCAGACCUCCGGUGGGCUCCUGCCCUGCUUAAGCCUACAGCCACCCGCCACCCACCCCAGCCCUGCAGGUGUCAGGACAGUGACAGUGACAGCUGGUGUCACACCAGCUCAGAUACAACCCCAAACACGCAUGGAGCCCUGAAGGCAGAAAGUUGGAUUCGCAUUAGACAUGCCCUGGGGGAAACACACACAGGCAUACAGACACACACAUGCCAUGGGGUAGGGCAGGGGUGGGGGCUCCCAAAGCCUUACACAGGGCAAGGGGUCCAUGGGAAGGUUGGCGCACUCAUCUCUUAUUCACCGCCCGCCUCUAAUCUGGCCUGCAGCCCAGCUGGUCCUCUGUCUCUGAAGGUGAAUGUCAAACAGUGCCAAACGUUGGGGCAGGGGAUGAAGACCCAUCUGUCCCACCCCAGCUGCCAGUGCCCCAGAAAUGCCCUCCACCUCACCAGGUGCUCAUUGUAACCAUUUCUCACUCGUGUCAGGCCCCCAGAGGGAUCAUAUACCACUGCCUGCACCCUUAGGCAGAGGAGCCCUCACCAGACAUCCCCCUUUGCCUUAGCAGGGGUGACUUAAUUACUCCCGGCUGGGCUGUCCCAGCCCGUCUGGCCCUUACACUCUGGCUGCUACCCAUUCCCUGUCUCCCACUCACUUGAACACACUCCCUGCCCUGGGAAAGCCAAACUGUUCCCCCCUGCUAAACACACACGUGCACAUGCAUUCACACACACACACACACACACUUUGUGCACAUACAGAGGCUGGGCCUGAGCAUCUCUCUUCACACCAUUCAUUCUGGUCGUUUCCCCCAAAGGCACCCCAGCCUGGGGGUAGGUGGGGGCCUGAGGGCAGGGGGAUGUGGCCAUGGGGCUUAGACUGGGAAGAGGGGGGAGGGUGAUGCAUUAAUUAAUGGCUCCGUUAAUUAAUGUCAUGUUGCUUGUCGCUUUCUCAGUGUGUGUGUAUGGUCCAUGCCCGCUGCUGGUGCCAGGUGGGCGCCCAUGCUGUACACCCAGCCUAGAUGCCAGCUGUGUCUCGUGAGGGUGUGUGUGUAACUGUAGUGUAGUCAGGUGCUCAAUGGAGAAUAUACAAAUUAAAAAGAAUUAAACAUAUACAGAAAAAUAUAUAUUUUAAGUUUUUAAAAAACAGGAAAACUGACAAAACAAUCCCCAUUAGGUAGUUGUCCAACUCCCAGCUAGGUCUGAUCCUUCUCAUCACUCACUGGACCUAGCUGCCCCCUCACCUCGGGAUCACGGAACCUGUGGGGUGCAGGGGGGCCAUUUCCUUUUCUCUGCCCUUUUUUUUGGUGGUGGUUCUAUUUUGUACAGACAAGUCAGAAAAACAACAGCAACAAAAAAGUCAAGAAACUUUGUAAAAUAUUGUGUGUGUGAUUCCUUGUAAAAUAUUUUCAAAUGGUUUAUUACAGAUCAGUUAUUAAAUAAUGUUCAUAUUUUCACUUCAAA